UCUAAUUUUUAUAUUAGAAACGGAUUAUGCCAGACUCUGGUCGACCCGAUCCGUUCUCCCGGCACACAGCCAAGGGUCCCAGAGUAUACAUUCGUCUCUUGUCAUCAGUCGAUGGAGAGUCACAGAGAAGCAAAUUCCAUGGCGUCGUCAUCUCUCACACCUCCAGAAGUGCCAAUGGAGCUCCACGCCAUCAACCGAGGCAAACUCGUUAAAUCUCUCCUCCAACACCUCACUGAGUCAACUCAUCCUCUCCACGGCUUCGUUCUUCUCCAGGGAGGCGAGGAGCAAACGCGGCACGACACCGAUCACGCCGAACUAUUUAGGCAAGAAAGCUAUUUUGCAUACUUGUUUGGCGUCAGAGAGCCUGGUUUCUAUGGUGCUAUUGACAUUGCAACGGGGAAAUCUAUUCUGUUUGCUCCUAGGUUGCCUGCCGAGUAUGCUGUUUGGUUGGGAGAAAUAAAACCUUUAUCAUACUUUAAGGAAAGAUACAUGGUUAGCAAGGUCUGCUAUACUGAUGAGAUUGCAGGAGUUUUGCAUGAUGAGUACAAGGAACAGGGAAAACCUUUGUUGUUUCUUUUGCACGGGCUUAACACUGACAGCAAUAACUUCUCAAAACCAGCAGAGUUUGAGGGAAUAGAGAAGUUCAAGACAGAUUUAAAUACUUUGCAUCCUAUUCUAGCCGAAUGUCGUGUUUUUAAGUCAGACCUAGAGCUCGCUCUCAUCCAGUAUGCCAACGAUAUAAGUUCUGAAGCUCAUGUUGAGGUUAUGAGAAAAACAACAGUUGGCAUGAAAGAGUAUCAGUUGGAAAGCAUGUUUCUUCACCACACUUACAUGUAUGGAGGAUGUAGGCACUGCUCAUACACAUGUAUUUGUGCAACUGGGGGAAAUAGUGCUGUUCUUCAUUAUGGGCAUGCAGCAGCUCCAAAUGACAGGACCUUUGAAGACGGAGAUAUGGCAUUGCUUGAUAUGGGAGCUGAAUAUCAUUUUUAUGGUUCUGAUAUAACUUGUUCAUUCCCCGUGAAUGGGAAGUUUACAAGUGAUCAGCGCCUUAUCUAUAAUGCUGUCCUUCAGGCUCACAACACAGUAAUAUCUGCAAUGAAACCUGGAGUUAACUGGAUAGACAUGCACAAGUUAGCAGAGAAAAUUAUUCUCGACUCCUUGAAAAAAGGGUGCAUUGUUGUUGGUGAUGUUGAUGAUAUGAUGGUUAAGCGAUUGGGUGCUGUUUUCAUGCCUCAUGGUCUUGGUCACUUCCUGGGUAUUGACACUCAUGAUACGGGAGGCUACUUAGAGGGAUUAGAAAGACCAAAAGAACCUGGAUUGAAGUCUCUGCGCACAGUUAGAGAUCUGCAGGAAGGCAUGGUGAUAACAGUGGAGCCUGGAUGCUACUUUAUUGAUGCAUUGUUGGCUCCAGCAAUGGAAAAUUCGGAAACUUCCAAGUUCUUUAAUCAUGAAAUAAUUGGCAGAUUUAAAAGUUUUGGUGGAGUUCGAAUUGAAAGCGAUGUGCAUGUUACUUCCAAUGGUUGCAAGAACAUGACGAACGUCCCUCGGGAGACAUGGGAGAUUGAAGCCGUAAUGGCAGGAUCACCAUGGCCGCUUGACAAGUCCUCUAUUCAUUCAGAAAAUGGCAGAGAGGGCAAGUAAUUCAGCACCCAGCGUCCUUGAUGACCUAACUGGCUCUCCAGAAAAUGUUGACUGUAUAUGAGCGACUUCUCUUUUGAAGCAUCAGUUACAAAUCUUUCAGCUGCCCAGCUGAAUCAAACCCUCUCAAACACCUGAAAAUAUUGCAACAAAUUACUAAAAAAGCAAUAUUUAUAAAUAAUUGCUUUUAUAGUAUAUGCUUUAAGCCUUUUAAGUUUUAACACAUUCACUAACAUAGAAUUUGUUUUUAUUUUCAAUGGUAAAUUAUAAAAAUCAUUAUUCUCUCGAUUUAUUCCCUAAA